GCAAACCGCUGGAAUUUAAAUUAAAGUCUAAACGAUUAAAGAUAAAAAAAACGAAGAAAGUUAACGAACGCUAUAAAAGGUAUAAAACUCACCCGAAUUUAGCGAAGGAGCUUAUAAUAACACACCCGCAACCGAAAUAACUAACCGACUAAAUUUCCAAAAAAUCGUUAUAUAAAAUGCCAUUCGUCGGUAAUGAUAGUCUUUGUCCGCAAAAGAUCACGUUUUAUAAAAGCGACCACCUAAACUAUAUUUAUCCGGGCCGAAAAAAUGAUGAGCUUUUUGAAUGGAAUCGAAAUCGGCGCUCCGGCUUAGACGGUUUUAGGAGAGGCCGCACGGGGGAAUUGCGAGAGGAUCCCGUGGCGCCCUGGGUCGCACCCGAGUACUCAACCCCGCAAUUAUCCUGGCCAGAGGCGGGCCCGAAAGGACUACGACAGUUUUAUACGUUUUAGAAAAUUAGAGGUUUGCAUUGAAAGCUUCGCCGCCUCUAAAACUUUCCCAAAAGUUUCACAGGUAUAUCUAAUAGAGGCGAUUUUACCAAAAGCGGGUUUCGAAUCAACCGACAAAAAAUUUACACAAUUAGUGAUCAUUUUAAAAUUAAUUCUGUAGUAAUUGAUUGUAUUAUUUUAUUGUAAAUAGUAGUGAAGUUAUAUAUAGUACAAG